CGCACACACGCACGACGCACACACACACGCAUACAAACAUGGCGGCCUCUGUUUCACCGCUACGCUCCUCCUUCAGGAUUUGUAGCCCGCUAACGUUACACCAUCACUGCUGCCGGGCCAAACUGCGGACGCACAGAAAAUGCGAGAGUCAGAGGAGACACCUGCACCAGACGGCGACGAGACACGCAGCUGUGGUGAUUUCGGGGACAGAGUUGACCCGUCAGCUUCACAGAGAAAUCCAGCGCGAUGUGGAGGAGCUGGUCGCUCAGGGCAACAUGAGACCCCACCUGGGAGUGGUCUUAGUGGGGGAUGACCCAGCCAGUCGGACCUACGUGAAGAACAAGACCCGGGCAGCCAGCAUCCUGGGUAUCUCCAGUGACACAGUGGUGCGGCCGAGCUCGGUCUCCCAAGAGGAGCUGUUGGAGCUGAUUGACAAAAUGAACCGCGACUGGAGGGUCAGCGGCCUGUUAGUGCAGCUGCCACUUCCCGAGCACAUCAACGAGCGAGCAGUAUGUAAUGCCAUCGCUCCAGAGAAGGAUGUGGACGGCUUCCAUAUUGUGAACAUCGGCAAGCUGUGUCUGGACCAGAGAUCCAUGGUGCCUGCGACUCCUGCAGCUGUGUGGGAGAUCAUCAAAAGAGCGGGUAUUGAGACUGUGGGAAAGAAUGUGCUGGUCGCCGGUCGCUCCAAAAAUGUUGGAAUGCCCAUCGCAAUGCUGCUGCACACCGAUCGCAACCAUGAACGCCCCGGUGGUGAUGCCACGGUGACUAUUGCCCACAGAUGUACACCGAAGGAGCAGCUGAAGGAGCUCACCAGCCUGGCAGACAUCAUUAUUGCAGCUGCAGGUGUUCCUGGGCUCAUCACAGCAGAUAUGGUGAAAGAGGGCGCGGCUGUCAUUGACGUGGGCAUAAACCGCAUCCAGGACCCGAAAACGGGGAAACUGCGGCUUAUCGGUGACGUGGACUUCGAGGGAGUGAAGCAGAAGGCAGGUUUCAUCACACCUGUUCCCGGAGGCGUGGGCCCGAUGACAGUCGCCAUGCUGAUGAAGAACACUGUGACUGCUGCUAGAAAUGCACUGAUGCAUUAAACACAACCAAUAAAAGCAGCUCAGUUUAUUGAAUGAUAUAAAGUUAAAAUAUCAUAUGCAUACAUACCUCAGUUCACACACACACACACACACACACACACACACACACACACACACACACACACACACACACACACGCACACACACAGUUUGCCAAACUUCUCACACACUUUUAUUUAAAAUUCCACAAGCUCAAGACUUCAUACCUGCUGGGAAACUUACUUGAUAUGUACUUUGUUCAUAUUGUGAAUUUGUUCAUUUAUUUAUUUAAGUUAUUUAUUUCAGAGUUCACUUUUUAAGAAUUUAGAUUAAUAUUUUUUCUACUGAAGUUGUUUUGGUUCAUAUUUGAACAUCCAGAUUCACUGGAAAAUGAGUAUAAAUAAAAAAAUAACAAUGCUGUGCCGAUACGAA